CAUUAUCAAUCUUCUUUCCUCUCCUUUCUUCCUUUCUUGUUUUGUGCUGUUUUUGUGUUUCUUAUUGGAGACACGACCAACUUUCUCACCUCCAUUUGAAAUCUCACACUCGACGAUUCCAGAGACUUGCAGGGUUGCGUGUUACUCCCCGAAUACCCAAUUUCAUCCUUCUUGUCUCUCUUACAUACUAUCAUCCUUUAACACUGUAACGCUGUGUCUCUAUUCCCUCACUCUUCCUUGCUCUUCCUUAUCCCUCCACCACCUCUCUCCCUGCUUGGCUCUGACUGUCCGCAUAUUUUUUUCUCCGUCUUGAUCUCUCCAAUCACUUGAUCUUGAAAUAAGACAGAUCAUCAUCGCCAAUCAUAACAGUUAAUAAGAUAAAUAUAUAAAAAAAGAGAGCCAGCAAUCCAAUCUCUAAAACCAUGGGCAACUCAAAGUCCCGCCACGCAGCAGGGGGACACUCAAAGUCUCGAAGCAAGCAUUCAAAGUUUCAAAGUGGUAGCAGCAACAUUCUCAAUAAUAAUAGUCAUAAUGAUAAUAAUGACCGCCGCGGUCGAGCCAGCAAAUAUACUAGUAGCAACCACAGCAAUCCUCAGGCGCCAUUGCCCAACGACAGUGGACAUUAUUCUAUCCAUGGAUUUACGGCGCCAUCAUCUUCACCUCUGGACAGACCUGAAACACCUGUGGGACUUAGUUCUGGACUCGGUGGAGGAAUGGGCACUGGACCAAUAGGUCUUGCCUGGAAUCACCCCAACUUGUCAAGUCCAGGUCGACUGGACCAACAUAAAACAUCUUUUGAAUCAAAUCAAUUUCAAUAUGGCUCAAAGAUGAACAAUCAUCCUUUUGUAUCUGGCCCUAAUAACCCCCCUGCAUCUAUGGCAGGCGCAGGAGCAUCUGUAGUACCGGCCAAUGGUCACCCUAUUCACAAUCCAGGCUCAAGAGGAACCAUGCAGUUGGACGAGAAUGGUGGACAAUAUAGUGGCAGCAUUAUCAACAACAACAAUAUUAACAGCAGUGGUAAUAAUAACUAUAAUAGUAAUAAUAAUAACCCUAGUAAUUAUACCUUUAGUCAGGCACAGCAGCAUCAAGGGCUAAACAGCAACACUAUCCACAACGUCCUAUCGAGUCAGGAGAUGAUGAUGUCGAUGCCUCCACAGCCCUCGUUUCAAGGCGCAGACACAACAACAAGGCCUUCUUCAGCUUCCCCUCACCAGUCUCAUGGAAAGAUCUCGACUCUUCAUCCCUCUGGUCACACACAACCACAAUCACAGCCGUUCCCUCAACAACAACAACAACAACAACAACAACAACAACAACAACAACAACAACAACAACAACAACAACAACAGCAACAACAGCAUCAAUCAAUGCGAGCGUCUAUAUCACCCGCUCCAUUCGUUGAGGACGAACAUAACAAUGCUGGAGGAGCUGGAGUUAACGGCAUUAACACUGGCGUUGGUAAUGGUGCUCUUGGAGGAGUUAUUUCUUCAGUAGCAGCCAUGAACUUGUCAGGAGGAGGAGGAAUGCCCGUCAACGCUACACAACAUCAACAAGCUAUGCGUCUUCAACAACAACAAUCAUACCCGCAACACCAACACUCAAUCGAUUACACUGAUAUGCAGCGGUUACCAGGGAUGCAACCGGUUUGUCAAAAUAGCAUUGGUAGUGGUCCUAACGGAGACCCAUUACAAUAUCAGUUACAACAGCCUCUUCAUCCACAGUACCAGCAUCAACCUUAUCAUGUAAAUCAGCAGCCUCGUCUAACUGCCACAUACCCCUCUGAACAACGAGAUCUCCAGCAACAGUCGCAGCGACCUUCUGGUAUGACAAGCACUACCAACAACAAUAACAACAAUAACAAUAACAAUAAUACAAUGAAUACUCCUAGCUAUGUUAAACCUUCAGGCCUCUUUGCGACUGCUGGCCCUUUGAUCGACAGUGGCGCGAUAGGCAAUAGUUCUUCUGCUGCUUCGAAUCGACCCCCUGCUCCAGACCAAGUCUUUGCACGUCUUGCACGACAGUUCCCAACGAACCCUCGUGAGACUGAGAAGCGGGAACGGAUCUAUAGAUGGCUAGACCAAGUCGCUGAUGCAUUCACAUUUAACCCGGACACAGAGACACCAGGUUGGAUCAUCCCUGUCUAUCCAGACGAAUUGGACCAUCCUGAGAGCCCCUACUAUCUGGACAGAAUUACGUAUGAACUAGAUCUGAUGGCACCUGUUGGAAAGCCAUUCCGGAAAGCUAUUGAUAUCAAUUGUAACAAUGGUGAAUGGGCUAUGGAUAUUGCAAUGAAACAUCCUCGGACGGUUGUCUAUGCAAUAGAUCCACUUCUUGAUAUGGCCCAUCUUCCAUUGCGUAUACCCGAAAACUGUAAAUUCCGAAUGCGAGAUGUUCGAGAUCAGGAAGGCGAGUUUGAUCUGGUGCAUCAACGUUUAGGAGCGUUCAGAACACAGAUUCAGGAAUGGACACCUCAUUUUGCAGAGUUGAGACGAUUGCUUCGACCGGGUGGAUGGAUUCAAUUGGCAGAAUGUAACGGGUUGGUGGUUCGGGCUGGGGUUGAGACGUUGAAGGUGAAUCGAUGGGUGGAACGAGCAGCGUUAAGUACAGGGUUGAAUCCUAUUCAACUGGUCGAGGCAUUGAUGCCGACGAUCUUGGGUGCAGGGUUGAUCAAUGUGGAAUGUUAUGAUUAUGGUAUCCCUAUAGGUGAUUGGGCCGGACCAAGAGGUCAGGUCGCAAUGCGGAGCUAUCUAGAGAUGGUGGACUCACUCCGAGAAGAGAUCGUGGAGAUGAAUCGAUUGGAGGAAGGGAUAUUUGAGGAGACGAUCGAGUUGAUGAAGAUGGAGUGUGUUGCCGAACAGGCGGAAUUGGUCAUGAAGGUCAUUUGUGCUCAAAAACCUCCUAUUACCGAUGACUUGUGGCGAACACGAUAGAAAACAAUUCUUUUUUCUUUUAUUUAUUUACUUUAAUUAUUUUUAAUUGCCUUUUUUUUUGUUAACUUUCAUCUGCACAUGCCCAACGCUCUGUCCUUUUGUUUACAAUAUAUUUGGCCACGUUUCUAUUUUUCAUGUACUUCAAUGCUUAUCCUCCCCUUUUCCUCCAUUCAGCCAA